AUGAGAGAAGAUGAGGUCUGCCAGCUGUCUCUUCCAGAAGUCACUCACUUCACAAGAGUCAAUGAGGAACUCAAUACAGCACUGAAGUCUUUACAAGAGACACUUAAACACGCAAGAAAGAUUAAAAGAGUGUGUGAUAAAACAGCUGAACACAUCAAGACUCAAGCUGAACACACAGAGCAUCAGAUUAAAGAGGAGUUUAAGAAGCUUCACGAGUUUCUCCGAGAUGAAGAAGCAGCUACAAUCACAGCAUUUAGAGAGGAAGAGGAGCAGAAGAGUCAGAUGAUGAAGAAGAAGCUUGAGGAGACGAACAGACACAUCUCAGCUCUUAAACACACAAUCAAAGACAUGAAGGAAAUUAUGAAAGCCAAUGACGUCUCAUUUCUAAAGAACUUUAAUGUGACAAUGGAAAAAGUCCAGAGCUCACAGCCUGAUCCACAGAUGACUUCCGGAGCUUUCAUUCAUGUGCCACAUUACUUGGGCAACCUGACAUUCAGAGUCUGGAAGAAGAUGCAAGACAUUAUCCACAAGACUCCUGUGAUUCCGGAUCCAAACACUGCAAAUCCACAUCUGAUCCUGUCUGAUGAUCUGACCAGUGUGAGAUACAGCAGGAACAGACAACCAUUACCCGAUAAUCCAGAGAGAUUUGGUUAUUAUUUCUGUGUUCUGGGUUCAGAGGGUUUUGACUCAGGAACACACUGCUGGGAUGUAGAGAUUGGAUACAAUAGAUACUGGUCUAUUGGAAUAACUACAGCAUCAAACCAGAGGAAAGGAGGUGUUUUCUUUAACACUGGUGUCUGGCGUUUGCUGUACUCAAAGAAUAAAUAUUAUUUACAAUCCCCAGUGAAACCCUGGACUGUCUUUACAAUUAAAGAGAAACUUGAGCAUGUGAGAGUUCAGCUGGACUAUGAAAGAGGAAAAGUGUCAUUCUCUGAUCGUGUAACUAACACACAUCUUCUCACAUUCACAAACACCUUUACAGAGACACUCUUUCCAUUCUUUUAUAGUAAAAAUAUUAACCAUCUGAGGAUCUUACCAGUUAAACUGACUGUAACAACCAGCGUAUGA